AACAGCUAGAGGUUUUAUUUUUAACUGUUUGACUCAGUGCUCGUCAGAUGAUUGGAACCAUCUAGCUACAGAUCAAGCACGGAGUGGUGCGUGGGGGAAGCUGGAAAGGCAAAGGGAAAGAGGAUGGCUGGGAAAGGGGGUGGGAUCUUAAGAGUCGUGCCUCGCAGGCUCUGCCUCCUCCCAAUGUGGAAGAGAGUUAAGGGCUCCCACUCGCUAGAGUGUGUCUGCAGGUCAAGCUGGGAACUCUAGGAGAAUGGCUGCCUUCUGCCACUUAGAGACCUGAUUGCCCCGUGGUUAGUGUACUGUGAGGAGGGAGCAGGACCGGAGGAUUGUGUGCUUUCUGCUUCCUGAAAAGCAAGCUUCUCUCCCACUGGAUGCUGCUUGUCUCCAGAAGCCUCUCACCAUGAUCGAUAGCUCCAAGAAGCAGCAACAGGGCUUCCCAGAGAUUCUAACUGCUGAGGAUUUCGAGCCUUUCAAAGAAAAGGAAUGCCUUGAGGGGACCAACCAGAAGAGUCUCAAGGAAGUGCUCCAGCUGAGGCUGCAACAAAGGAGGACAAGAGAACAGCUAGUGGACCAGGGCAUCAUGCCACCUUUGAAGAGUCCGGCAGCAUUCCAUGAGCAGAUAAAAAGCCUGGAGCGAGCCAGAACUGAAAACUUUCUGAAGCACAAGAUCCGGAGCCGCCCCGACCGCUCUGAGCUGGUCAGGAUGCACAUCUUAGAAGAAACAUUUGCAGAGCCGUCUCUGCAGGCCACGCAGAUGAGGCUGAAGAGAGCUCGACUGGCAGACGGCCUGAACGAGAAGAUCGCUCAAAGGCCUGGACCCAUGGAGCUGGUGGAGAAGAACAUUCUUCCUGUGGACUCGAGUGUCAAGGAAGCAAUUAUAGGGGUGGUGAAGGAGGACUAUCCCCACAUGCACAGGGAGUUCUCAUUUGAUGAAGACAGCAGCGAUGCCUUGUCUCCAGACCAGCCAGCAAGCCAGGAGUCUCAGGGCUCAGCAGCAUCCCCCAGUGAGCCAAAAGUCAGUGCCUCACCACCUCCUGGGACUGCGAACACUCCGGCCCAGUUUACCUCCGUGUCCCCAGCAGUUCCUGAAUUCUUGAAAACCCCUCUAACUGCGGACCAGCCUCCCACGAGGUCUACAGCUCCCAUCCUCCCCACGAACACUGUGUCCUCAGCGAAGCCUGGCCCGGCACUGGUAAAGCAAAGCCAUCCUAAGAAUCCAAAUGACAAACACCGUAACAAAAAAUGCAAAGAUCCCAAACCCCGGGUGAAGAAGUUGAAGUACCACCAGUACAUUCCACCAAACCAGAAGGGGGAGAAGAGUGAGCCGCAGAUGGACUCCAACUACGCCCGCCUACUGCAACAGCAGCAGCUCUUCCUGCAGCUGCAGAUCCUGAGCCAGCAACAGCAGCAGCAGCAGCAACAGCAGCAGCAGCAGCAGCACUACAACUACCAGACCAUCCUGCCUGCACCCAUCAAAAAUGACAAGAACAGCAGUAGUAGCACGACUGUACCUGCACGGAGACCAGGACCUCUGCCUUCCAGCUUGGAUGACUUAAAGGUGUCAGAGCUGAAGACAGAACUCAAACUGAGGGGUCUGCCAGUGUCAGGAACCAAACCAGACCUCAUUGAACGCCUGAAACCCUACCAGGAAGUGAGCAAUAGUGGCCUUGCUGCUGGUGGUAUUGUGACCGUGUCAUCAGCAGCUAUUGUCACCAGUAACCCAGAGGUGACAGUGGCACUGCCCGUCACAACACUGCAUAAUGCCGUGACUAGUUCUGUGUCCACUUUCAAGGCAGACUUGCCGCCUGCUGGAUCCAGCAACGUGGCCCACGUCGAAAGUGCCCAUUCCCCUCUACCCAUCUCACCAUCACCCUCGGAGCAGUCCAGUCUCAGUACCGAGGACACGAACAUGACAGAUACCUUCACUGAGAUCAUGAGCAUGAUGUCCCCUUCCCAGUUCCUGUGUGCCUCCCCCCUGAGGGGGACAGGCCACGAGGACAGCCUGAGCCCCACAAGUAGCACCCUGUCAGCCCUAGAACUGGACGCUGCUGAGAAGGAUCGCAAGCUUCAAGAGAAGGAGAAGCAGAUUGAAGAGCUGAAGAGGAAACUGGAACAAGAACAGAAGCUUGUAGAGGUCCUCAAGAUGCAGCUUGAGGUGGAAAAGCGAGGGCAGCGACCACCAGACCCUCAGCCCAGUGGCCCCUCACAGCCCCUUAGUACAUCAGAUCAGAUACAUGGCAGUGUCGGGUCCUCCUCCAUCAAGGAUGAGGCCUCACUUCCUGACUGUUCCAGCCCCCAGCAUCCCAUCUCCACAGGUAGCCAGACCCUUGUUGCCAAAAAGGCUGUGGUCAUCAAACAGGAGGUCCCCAUAGCUCAAGCCGAGCAGCAGAGUGUUGUCUCGCAGUUCUACAUGAGUUCCCAAGGACAGCCACCUGCCCUUAUUGCUCAGCCUCCGGCCUUACUGACCACGCAGACCACUCAGCUGCUGUUGCCGGUGUCCAUCCAGGGCUCAAAUCUCACUUCAGUGCAGCUUCCAGUAGGCAGCCUCCAGCUCCAGACCCCAGCACAAGGAGAAGCCCAGACUCAGCCUCAGAUAGCCACUGCCACACAGAUUCCAGCGGCACCACUGGCCCCAGCGCUGCCUCAGAAGCAGGAGGCCUUCCCGCAGCAUGUGCUGGGUCAGCCCCAACCAGUCAGAAAGGUUUUCACCAACUCUGCACCAAACACAGUUCUCCAGUAUCAGAGGCCACCUGGCCCAGCGACCCAGCAGCCCUUUGUCAUUAAAAGCUCCAACCCUGUUCUUCAGUCCAGAAGCACCCCACUUGCACCCCUGCAAAAUGGCCCUAGCCCAGCCAGCAAGCCUAGCUCACCCGCGCCAGUCCAGCAGUUUGUCGUCCAGCACUCUUUGUUUGGGACCCCAGUCACCAAGACAAAAGACCCACCUCGCUACGAAGAGGCCAUCAAGCAGACACGCAGUGCCCAGCCAGCCCUUCCAGAGGUUUCCAGUGUGCACAGUCAACAGAUGGACGACCUCUUCGACAUCCUCAUAAAGAGCGGAGAGAUUUCCUUCCCUGUAAAAGAAGAGCCUUCUCCAAUCUCCAAGAUGAGGCCAGUGACAGCCAGCAUCACUACAAUGCCAGUAAACACAGUGGUGUCUCGACCACCACCCCAGGUCCAGAUAGCACCGCCUGUCUCCUUGGAGCCGAUGAACAGUAUAUCCACCAGCUUAGAGAACCAGCUAGAAGCCUUCUUGGAUGGGACUUUACCCUCGACCAAUGACAUUGCCCCACUGCAGAGCAGCAGCGAAGACAGAGAGCCAUUCUCUCUGAUAGAAGAUCUCCAGAAUGACUUGCUGAGUCACUCCAGCAUGCUCUACCCCUCCCAGUCUCCCAUGGAGACCUCUGAGGCCCAGCUUGUGGCAGGGACCCCCUGUCUGUCUCUCGACCUGUCAGACUCCAACCUGGACAACAUGGAGUGGCUGGACAUCACCAUGCCCACUGCAUCCUCCGGGCUCACGCCUCUGAGCGCCACUGCACCAAGCAUGUUCUCUGCUGAUUUUCUGGACCCACAGGACCUGCCACUCCCAUGGGACUAAGAUCACUUGUCUCAUUCGUGAGGUUCCAAAACAUGAAAACAAUCUUGAAGGGUCAGUGCUUAGAGCUAUAGCCCUAGCUGCACUGUCGCCAUUAAAAUACAUUGUCAUACAAAACAAAGGACAGUCAUAGCCUGGAAGCCAAGUAUGAGAGCACCCAUUCGUCCAGCAGUGACUCCACAACUUAGAGAGGAGGCCUGUGAAAGGCCUUAGAUAAAGCCAAAGGUCAGGAGCCGUCCAUAGGGAGUGGCCCUAGCGCUCUGGUCAUCAGCCACCUUUCAACCUCUGUAGUCACCUCACGACCCUAAUAAGAGGCAAGCAGCUCCCCUUGAACCACAAGGAGGGGAGAAGCUACUGCACAUGUGCUCUCUAGAGUGGCCUGAACUGGGUCCAUAGCAAGGUCAGAGGUGUUUGAGGCUCCGAGUUCCACUCUGACAUCUGUGUGACUGUAUGAUGUCAUAGGUCAUUUUUUGAGUUUGGGAAUCUCAGUGAACAGCCUCUCACCAUAAGCAUGUGUCUGAAAAAUACUGUCACACAAGAA